CUCAGGCAGAAAUGAGACUGUUGCAGCCUGCUUCUGUGCUGCUGCUUCUUGCCUCUGACUUGUAAACAAGACCUAGGAGAACAUGCAAAUGGAAAGUCACAAACCUUUGGGUGUUUGAAAGGAUCCUUGGGACCUCAUGUGCAUCUGCGGAAACUGGAUGGAGAGACCUGGGGAAGCAUGGACUCUUUAGCCUGCUUAGUUCUUUAUGGAGUCAGCUUGCUCCUUUCUGGUUCAGUUGAUGGUGCCAUGGACCUGAUCUUGAUCAAUUCCCUACCUCUUGUGUCUGAUGCUGAAACAUCCCUCACCUGCAUUGCAUCUGGAUGGCAUCCCCAUGAGCCUAUCACUAUAGGAAGGGACUUUGAAGCGUUAAUGAACCAGCACCAAGAUCCACUGGAAGUAAUUCAAGAUGUGACCAGAGAAUGGGCUAAAAAAGUUGUUUGGAAGAGAGAAAAGGCUAGUAAAAUCAAUGGUGCUUACUUCUGUGAAGGGCGAGUUCGAGGACAGGCAAUAAGGAUACGAACCAUGAAGAUGCGUCAACAAGCUUCCUUUCUACCAGCUACUUUAACUAUGACUGUGGACAGGGGAGAUAAUGUGAACAUAUCUUUCAAGAAGGUCCUGGUGAAAGAAGAAGAUGCAGUGAUUUAUAAAAAUGGUUCCUUCAUUCAUUCCGUGCCCCGGCAUGAAGUCCCUGACAUUUUAGAAGUUCACCUUCCUCAUGCUCAGCCCCAAGAUGCUGGAGUGUACUCGGCCAGGUACAUAGGAGGAAACCUCUUCACCUCGGCUUUCAUGAGGCUGAUUGUCCGGAGAUGUGAAGCUCAGAAGUGGGGACCUGAAUGUAACCGCGUCUGUACUGUUUGUAUGAACAAUGGUGUCUGCCAUGAAGAUACUGGAGAAUGCAUCUGCCCUCCUGGGUUUAUGGGAAGGACAUGUGAGAAGGCUUGUGAACUGCACACAUUUGGCAGAACUUGUAAAGAAACAUGUAAUGGACCCGAGGGAUGCAAGUCCUACGUGUUCUGUCUCCCAGACCCCUAUGGGUGUUCUUGUGCCACAGGCUGGAAGGGUCUUCAGUGCAAUGAAGCAUGCCAGCCUGGCUAUUAUGGCCCAGACUGCAAACUUCGGUGCAAGUGCACAAAUGGGGAACUGUGUGAUCGUUUCCAAGGAUGUCUCUGCUCUCCAAGACGGCAAGGGCUUCAGUGUGAGAAAGAAGGCACUCCAAGGAUAACUCCAAAAAUAGAGGAUUUGCCAGGCCACAUAGAAGUAAACAGUGGUAAAUUUAAUCCCAUUUGCAAAGCAUCUGGUUGGCCUCUACCUACUAAUGAAGAAAUGACCCUCGUAAAGCCAGAUGGGACAGUGCUCCGUCCAAAAGACUUUAAUCACACGGGUCUUCUCUCUGUGGCCACAUUCUCCAUGGACAGAAUCCUCCCCCCUGACUCUGGAGUCUGGGUCUGCAGUGUGAACACGGUGGCUGGGAUGGUGGAAAAACCUUUCAACGUUUCAGUUAAAGUUCUUCCAAAGCCCCUGAAUGCUCCAAAUGUGAUCGACAUUGGACAUAACUUUGCUGUCAUCAACAUCAGCUCAGAACCUUACUUUGGGGAUGGACCAAUCAAAUCCAAGAAGCUUCUGUACAAACCUGUAAAUCAUUAUGCGGCUUGGGGACAUAUUCAAGUGACAAAUGAGAUUGUUACCCUCAGCUACUUGGAACCCCGAACAGAAUAUGAGCUCUGCGUGCAGCUGGUGCGGCGUGGAGAGGGAGGGGAAGGCCAUCCUGGACCCGUGCGCCGGUUCACAACCGCUUCUAUCGGUCUCCCUCCUCCAACAGGUCUCACUCUCCUACCAAAAAGCAAGUACUCUCUAAAUUUGACCUGGCAACCAAUACCUAAGGAGUCUUUAAAUAUUGAUGAUGACUUCUAUGUUGAAGUAGAGAGGAGGUCUGUGCAAAGGAACAAUGAUCAGCAGAAUAUAAAAGUGCCAGGCAACUUGACUUCAGUGCUACUUAACAAUUUGAUGCCCAGGGAGCAGUACGUGGUUCGAGCCAGGGUCAACACUAAAGCCCAAGGAGAAUGGAGUGAAGAUCUCACAGCUUGGACCCUUAGUGAUGUUCCUCCUCCUCAACCACAAAAUAUUAAGAUUUCCAACAUCACAGACUCCUCAGCUAUGAUUUCUUGGACAAUCUCGGAUGGUUUUUCUAUUUUUUCUAUUAUCAUCCGUUACAAAGUUCAGGGAAAGAGUGAAGACCAACACAUUGAUGUGAAAAUCAAGAAUGCUACCAUCACCCAGUAUCAGCUCAAGGGCCUUGAACCUGAAACAGCCUAUUUGGUGGACAUUUUUGCAGAGAACAACAUAGGUCCAAGCAACCUGACCUAUUCUCAUGAACUGAUAACUCUCUCUAAAUCUCAAGCAUUAGGGGACCUCGGAGGUGGAAAGAUGCUGCUCAUAGCCAUCCUCGGCUCUGCAGGAAUGACCUGCCUGACGGUGCUGUUAGCCUUUCUGAUCAUGUUGCAACUGAAGAGGGCAAAUGUUCAAAGGAGAAUGGCACAAGCUUUCCAAAACGUGAGGGAAGAACCAGCUGUGCAGUUCAACUCAGGAACUCUGGCCCUGAACAGGAAAGCCAAAAACAACCCGGAUCCUACAAUUUAUCCAGUGCUUGACUGGAAUGACAUCAAAUUUCAAGAUGUGAUUGGGGAGGGGAAUUUUGGCCAGGUUCUUAAGGCACGCAUCAAGAAGGAUGGGUUACGGAUGGAUGCUGCCAUCAAGAGGAUGAAAGAAUAUGCCUCCAAAGAUGACCACAGAGACUUCGCGGGAGAACUGGAGGUUCUGUGUAAACUGGGACAUCACCCAAACAUCAUCAAUCUCCUGGGAGCCUGUGAACACCGUGGCUACUUGUACCUGGCCAUCGAGUACGCCCCCCACGGCAACCUCCUGGACUUCCUGCGCAAGAGCCGCGUGUUGGAGACCGACCCAGCCUUCGCCAUAGCCAACAGCACCGCCUCCACGCUGUCCUCCCAGCAGUUGCUCCAUUUCGCAGCGGAUGUGGCCCGUGGCAUGGACUAUUUGAGCCAAAAACAGUUUAUUCACAGGGAUCUGGCAGCCAGGAAUAUUUUAGUCGGUGAAAACUAUGUAGCCAAAAUAGCAGAUUUUGGACUGUCCCGAGGCCAAGAAGUGUAUGUGAAAAAGACUAUGGGUCGGCUCCCAGUGCGCUGGAUGGCCAUCGAGUCACUGAAUUACAGUGUCUAUACAACCAACAGUGAUGUGUGGUCUUAUGGAGUGUUACUGUGGGAGAUUGUCAGCUUAGGUGGCACCCCCUACUGCGGAAUGACAUGUGCAGAACUCUAUGAGAAGCUGCCCCAGGGCUACAGGCUGGAGAAGCCCCUAAACUGCGAUGAUGAGGUGUAUGAUUUAAUGAGACAAUGCUGGCGGGAGAAGCCAUAUGAAAGACCCUCAUUUGCCCAAAUACUGGUGUCCUUAAACAGGAUGCUAGAAGAACGAAAGACCUACGUGAACACCACCCUCUAUGAGAAAUUUACCUACGCAGGAAUCGACUGCUCUGCUGAAGAAGCAGCUUAGCACAGCUCGUCUUCAUCCAUGUGCUGUUUCCCCUUAACCAGCAGAGAGAACAUUCAUCCAUGGACGCCAAGCAAACAACCAAGACUCUUCCAGGAGAUGUGACAUAGAUUUGUAAAUAUAUUUCUGUAUGUCUGGGACCUUCACCACGAACCCCCGAGAGUGGGUUUAGAGCACACUCUGGCUCUCAUCGGACUGUACAUACUGUUUUGAGUAAGAAUGUGCUGACUCAGAAGUGCCUGUUCGGUUUCAUAUGCAAUAAUAUAUUUUUUUCUAAAAAAUGUGGACUUCAUAGGAAGGUGUGAGAGUACAAUUACUGUAAUGCAUAAUUCAUUAUUCUAGAUAUUUUUGUAUUCACCUUUAUAUUAGGUUAUAUAAAAUGUUUUGUUGUGUAGAAGUAAAAUAUUGUUAAUAAACCUAACAAUACACUGACACCACAUGUGAAGAAAAUGGAUCAUUUCUAACAGAAUAUAGAUCACAUGUGAGAGACUGAAAAUUUCAAGUGAUGGUGAAAGCUUUGUUUCCCCUUGCCUGAGGGAAAUGCCUUUGCCGUGUGUUUCUAGAGCCCACAGUCAGUUCAGAAUUCAUCUAGAAAAAGAAUUAAAUUUCAUUCCUCGGAAGCCUAGGAAUCUUUAGAAAACUAAAAACAAGUUUAAUUGAAAACUUUAUGGAAUUUAGUUUCUCUGCUAUUUUUAAGAAAUAAAAAUAGAGGUUUGGAGUUAUAUUUAGGAGACAUGUGGCAUUUGUUUUAUAUUGUUUUGUUUUGGGGCCACACCUCGUGAUGCUCAGGGGUUACUUCUGGCUCUGAACUCAGGAAUCACUUUUAGCAGUGCUCAGUCAACACUAUGUGAUACUGGGGAUCAAACUCCAGUUGGCUGCAUGCGAGGCAAGUGGCUUACCCAUUAUACUAUCUCCAGCCUAACAUCUGACAUUUGUGAUAUCAGAUUAACAUCCUUACGUGUAUUGCAUAGUAUCAAAAUUUUAAUUUUGAUUAAUUGUGAGAUUAUCAUUUAUACUAAAAGCAGAUGUUGCAGUGAGA